ACAUUUCACCCCAGAAUAUUUAUCUUUGGGAUGAGGAAGAACCAGAAAAUGCAGUAGACUUGAACCCUCUUAUAGACACCCCAGUAGAAAUUAAUUUUGAUGAAUUUCUACAAACAGAAACAGAAAUACCUCUAUCUGCAGAAGAACCUACCCCUGCAGAAGUUACUAUAGAAAACCAUCCUAAUACCAAUGAUCUUACCUUAUUGGUAAAUGAUCUGAAACAGACACCUGCUCCAUCAACCCGGACUAUAACUAAUCCUUUUGCCAGAGGAACAUGGAAAGACCAAGUAGACCGAAUCUUGAAGUUCUUAUCAAAACCAGGCCAGACACGAGUUAGCCUCAAUAAAAAGAUUGAAGCCUACUACUACUUAGGAUUAUUAAUUUCUAAGUCCAAUGAUCCUUUAGAAAUUAAGAUCUUUAUCCAAAAAGCUCAAUCCGAAAGAAAAGCCAAGGAUACUUGGAAAGGUGCUCUUAGAAUUUAUGAACUCCUUAUGCUAUGGCCCAAAGAAAUUAUUUUGCAACUUUGA